AUGCAAAAAUCAUCCAAAAAGAAAAGUUUUCAGGCAAGAUCUCAUUUCACAGCGGAUCCAGCUCGAUCGCCCCAAACCGAGCUGAUCCUUCUUCACCCCGGUCAGCCAUGGAACGAAUUUCAUGCCAGAGAAUUCCUCAAAAAACAAUCAGCACGAAAUUCGCGGUUUCGGUUGCCAAGUUUCGUUCAUAGCACAAUUGCCAAUGGAAAAAUGAUGAAUGACAGUCUAAAGGGAUGUAUUUCGGCGUAUAAAGAUGUUCCGAGUCUCGAAUCGCAAGUGGAGAAGUUGGCAGAACGAGUGGAAGAAUCGCUGGAUACAGUUGUGCCUGAGCACGGUCCGUUUCGGGUUUCAAGGCUUUUUCAUUUUGACGAAAUUCCGUUUGAAGAGAAAUUGAAAGAAAUUAAGUCACAUCGUGCCCAGCGAUACAUCUUCAUGCCGCUCUAUCCGCACUUUUCCAAUUCUGAAUCUGAAAAUCUUUUAGUGGAAUCUGCAAAUAUUAUUGAAAAAACUUCGUCUCCUCUGUUCCAAGGAAAUCGAGAAAUCGUGAGCAGCAGAAUCGAGCAGAAUUCUGAUUAUUCGUAUGACGUGCGUGCCGUUUGGCGAUGGGAUAAUCAUUCGAUUCUAGCUGAUUACUGGUCCACGAAAAUCAAAGAGGCUCUACCGAAAUUGGAUGGCGUGGUUUUUGCAGCUCCACGGCAGUUUUCAUGUGCAUACGGGCCUGUAUAUGCAUCAUGUCAACGAACGAUGAACCAGUUAGGAGACGUCAUUCCAUGGAGACUUGGCUUCUACUCCUCCUGGGAUUCAUUCGACCUUCCCGCGUGGCAAGGCGUCGGUUCCCAGGUGCAGAAGUUCAAGAAGACGUCGGAGAAGGCGAAGAUCGCAGUGGUUCCAAUCACAGAUGUUAUUGAGACUUUUGAUACACUUUAUACGAUUCCUAAGAAGGUGGAGCAUUUGGUAAGUAAUCGUUAG